CACACCGUCAGGAUGAGUGAUGGCCAGUGCAAGCCGCGUUAUAGCCAGCAAGAGCAGGAGAAACAGCGCUUUAACGAGAGCGAUUCUCUGCCAGGCGCGGUUCCGAGACCCUGAAAGGGGCAGGAGAGGGACGGAGGGCAUCGAGGGAAAGCACGACUCGGUGCGUUAUCUACAAGUAGCCUACCGGGUGGAGCGGCAAGGGGCAAUAAAGAGAAAAAAAUCGUGUUGAAGUCCGCAAUGAGGUCGCUGUGCCCAGGACAUGUAUUUUUGAGAACCGGAGAGGCAAGCGAUUGCGGUGGAUUUCCAAGGGGAUGCAGGCAUCGAUUGGGAUGUAGCUAAGCAAGUUAGCUGCAGCAGGAUGCACGCCGGGAAUCCGAGAGCGCUGAAGAGAAGUGCACUGUGACUGCCUGCCAUUGCUUGCUCGCGUAUGCCCACUGUGCAAGAGGACACAUUGUAGCCCUCUGAAUAUAACGGUAUUUUCGAGCAUUUGGGAAUGAAAUAAAAUCGAGGAAUUUGACAACUACUUGCAUCGGCGAAAACACUUUGGAUCCCAGUCCUGACAAUCUCAGUCAUAAAGGAAGAUAAUGAAUUGGCCAGAUAUUCAUACUGAAAUAGCUGGACUGUCAAGAUUUAAUUUGCCUCUAACGGACAUGGGUAGCUUGUAGCUAACUCGACGCCAGUAGCUGGCUUGCUAGCUGCGUCUUAAUUGAAUUGGUUUGAGUGGCUAAUUUGCAAUUCUCGCUCCGUAGCAAGUAAUAAUGUUUUUAAGAUGUCCCAGAAGCAAGGUGUCGGUGUGGAUUAGUGCUCUCUGUGGAUUAGUGCUAUGCUGGCUGUAUAUUUACCCUGUCUAUAGGCUCCCUAGCGACAAGGAGAUCGUAAAUGAAGUCUUGCAACAGGGAGAAGUAUGGAAGAAGAAUGAAACCGGCAUCAAUUUAUUCAGGAAGCUGCUGAAAGCAUGCUGUGAACCUCAGAAGAUGUUCGCCGUCACGAAGGAGAACUCUCCCCUUGGGUCGGUCCUGUGGUACGACGGAGAGCUCUACCAUUCCCACACAGUCAACAAUGACACCUACCCACUUUUCGUGCAGGAGACACCACUGCAGCUCCCGCUGAAGAAGUGCGCCGUCGUCGGCAACGGUGGGAUCCUGAAGCACAGCGGCUGCGGCAGGGCCAUUGACCGGGCCGACUUCGUCAUGAGGUGCAACCUGCCGCCUCUCUCUAAAGAGUACACGGAGGACGUGGGCACCAGGACGCACUUGGUGACGGCGAACCCCAGCAUCAUUGAGAAGAGGUUCCAGAACCUUCUGUGGUCGCGUAAGGCGUUCAUUGACAGCGCGAAGGCAUACGGCAACAGCUACAUCUACAUGCCGGCCUUCUCCAUGAAGCCAGGGACCGAGCCCUCCCUUCGGGCCUACUACUCCCUCGCCGACUCCGGCUCCAACCAGACGGUGCUCUUCGCCAACCCGGACUUCCUGUGGAGCGUGGGGCGGUUCUGGAAGGGACGGGGCGUCCACGCCAAGCGGCUCUCCACGGGCCUCUUCCUGGCCAGCCUGGCAUUGGGGCUGUGUGAGGAGGUGACCCUGUACGGCUUCUGGCCCUUCUCCGUCGACCUCCGUCAGAGGCCCAUCAGCCACCACUACUACGACAACGUGCUGCCCUUCUCCGGCUUCCACGCCAUGCCCGAGGAGUUCCUGCAGCUCUGGCACCUGCACAAGAAUGGCAUCCUGCAGAUGCAUGUGGAGGCGUGUGCCAGGGAGUCCGGCUAGC